UUAUUAAAGAGAGAGAGAGAGAGUCAUUUCAUCGUUCACGCUUUUCCUCCUCCUUUCAUUAAACAGACGCAGAUGCGCGACUUUCUUCUUCUUCGUCUUCGUCACUCAUGAAGAAGAGCAGCAAGACGAAGACCUAACCUCUCGUUUUCUUUCCCUCAUCUUUAUCCUUCUUCCUAGCGAAUUUUGAAGUACGAUGGUGAUUAGGUUAGUUUUCACAGCUUUCCUCGGGACUACUCUCUGCUUGCUCCUCCUCUCCAGCAUCAUCGAUGCGGACGAGGCCAACUUAAACUGCUUGAGUAGCAUAAAAUCCCAACUCAAGGAUCCACAAGGAUACCUCUCGGGUUGGAUCAUCCGCAACGACACUCCAGGCUACAUCUGCAAAUUCAACGGCGUGACUUGCUGGCACGACGACGAGAACAGAGUCUUGAGCAUCAAGCUUUCCGGCUACGGUCUCGUAGGAGAGUUCCCUCUCGGGAUCAAGAACUGCUCCGAUCUAACGGGUCUCGAGCUUUCGAGAAACAACUUCUCCGGACCUUUGCCGACCAACAUCGCCUCCUUGAUUCCAUCAGCCACGACCCUCGACCUCUCCGAGAACUCCUUCUCCGGCGAAAUCCCUGUCGGAAUCGCGAACAUCACGUUUUUGAACGAGCUUAUGAUUAACGGUAACCAGUUCACGGGGACUCUCCCUCCUCAGCUGGGGCAACUCGGACGGCUCAAGAAGUUGUCCGUUGCUAACAACCGUCUCUCGGGUCCUAUCCCGACUUUCAACGAAACCGUCUUGAAAGCUGGAGCUAGUGACUUUUCUGGUAACGCUGGUUUGUGUGGUAAGCCUCUGGAUCCGUGCAAGGGUCCUGCUAGCUCUCGUGCUAAAGUUAUUGUUAUAGCUGCGGUUGGUGGACUGGUCGCAGCGGCGUUAGUCGUUGGGGUUGUCUUGUUCUUCUACUUCCGUAGGUUGGCUGUUAUUCGGAAGAAGUUGCAGGAUGAUCCUGAAGAUAACAGAUGGGCUAGGAUCUUGAAAGAACAGAAAGGCGUUAAGGUUUUCAUGUUCAAGAAGUCUGUUUCUAAGAUGAAGCUAAGCGAUCUAAUGAAGGCAACGGAGGAGUUCAAGAAAGACAACAUGAUCGGAAAAGGAAGAACAGGAACUAUGUACAAAGGAGUGCUCGAAGACGGGACUCCUCUCAUGGUGAAGAGGCUGCAGGAUUCUCAACACUCUGAGAAAGAGCUUGACUCAGAGAUGAAGACUUUGGGAUCCGUAAAACACAGAAACCUGGUCCCUCUCUUGGGCUACUGUAUCGCCAAGAAGGAGAGGCUUCUGAUAUACGAGUACAUGCCCAACGGUUACCUUUAUGAUCAGUUACAUCCCGGAGGCGGAGAUGAGGAGUCUUCCUUCAAGCCUAUGGACUGGCCUACGAGGCUGAAAAUCGCGUUGGGGGCGGCGAAAGGACUAGCGUGGCUUCACCACAGCUGCAACCCGAGGAUCAUCCAUCGCAACAUAAGCUCGAAAUGCAUACUGUUGAACGCAGAUUUCGAGGCUAAGAUCUCGGAUUUCGGUUUGGCUAGGCUGAUGAAUCCCAUUGAUACGCAUUUGAGCACGUUUGUCAAUGGGGAGUUUGGUGAUUUUGGUUACGUUGCUCCGGAGUAUUCGAGAACCAUGGUGGCAACUCCGAAAGGAGAUGUGUACAGCUUCGGGGUUGUGCUUCUAGAGCUUGUAACGGGUCAAAAAGCUACUAGUGUGACUACACUAGGAUCCGAAGAAGCAGAUGAAGAAGAAGAUAAUAGCUUUAAGGGUAACCUCGUGGAAUGGGUUACUAAGCUAUCGAGCGAGUCAAAACUGCAGGAAGCGAUUGACAGGUCUUUACUCGGGAAGAGUGUGAAUGAUGAGAUCUUCAAAGUGCUCAAAGUAGCAUGCAACUGCGUUCUACCGGAAGUAGCAAAGCAGAGGCCUACCAUGUUUGAGGUGUACCAGUUUCUGAGGGCCAUUGGGGAGAGCUACAACUUCACCACGGAAGAUGAUAUCUUAGUUCCGUCUGAGUCAGGAGAAGCCGACUUCGUUGAAGAGCUCAUUGUUCGCUGAUCAAAGAGGAAGGAGGUAAGUAAGACUUCUGAAACGAACGAAUAUCUUUAGUCCUAGCAGUCCCACGAUAUAUAUAUACAUAUAUAUAAGUAAGUAUUUGUGUUUCUCGUUGAUGGUGUGUGUGGUUGUAAUAUAAGAAACUGUUAGAUGCACUCUCUGUUAUUACUACACUGAGCUUUGGGUGUUUUGAGAACAGCCACUUGUUUGGUUUUGUCACUACAUCUUUGUUAUUCUUUCAAAAUCUUUGCAGCACUUAAUUCAAUUUGCUUGGAAAGA